UUAUAUUACACUAUUAUAAGUUUUCUUGAAAUGUCACAAAACCUUCCAUUAUUGUCUUUUCUUUGAGAUUUAUUCCAAUCUUUUACUAAAUUAUGUAAUCUCUUACUUUUCAACCAUUUUACUCUCCAUUAACAGCCACCAUUGUUGUUCUUUAUUAGGCCUGCAACAUUCAGACAGUAAACUAAAGUAUACUACACACAAUGUUAGAGACAGAAUCCACAAAACGGCAGAUGGAGAAGCCUGCUAUAGACUAUAAUAGAUCAGUCUGGUUUGUCGUUUUGAUCAUUCUGAUACCUUUUUUCUUCUUUUUUCUCUAUGCUUUUGAUUAUUUACCUUUAUUUACAAGUAUUGCUAAUCAAGAAUUCUACAAGAAAAAUUCUGAUGAAUCUUGUUCAGGUCGUUAUAUAUAUGUUCAUGAUCUUCCUCAGCGAUUCAACGAUGAUAUUCUUGAAAAUUGCAGUACUCUUUACAGAUUCUAUAACAUGUGUCCGUUUCUGAAAAACUCAGGUUUUGGCGUUCAGGUUGUCGGAAAUUAUCCUGACGGAGAGGAUUUAGGACAGAACUGGUUUGCAACUAAUCAGUUUUCUUUAGAGAUUAUAUUCCGUACUAGAAUGAAUUAUUAUGACUGUCUGACGGAUAAUUCUUCAUUAGCUUCAGCGAUUUUCGUACCGUAUUAUGGCGGACUUGACGUGGCUCGAUACCUGUGGGAUUAUAGUGCAGCAAGAGACUAUUUGGGUGUUGAUCUUGUAAAUUGGCUGGCUCAUAAACCUGAAUGGACUAAAAUGUGGGGUAGAGACCAUUUCUUUGUUUCCGGACGAGUUGCUUUUGAUUUUCAUCGGCAGAUCGACCAGGAUAGCGGUUGGGGAACCAAAUUUAUGUCGUUGCCUGAAUCUAUGAAUAUGACAAUGUUAUCUAUCGAAUCAACUGCGUGGAGUAAUGAAUUUGCGAUACCAUAUCCGACUCAUUUCCACCCGUCGAGUGAUAAUGAAGUGAUUGCAUGGCAAAACCGAAUGAGAAAACAGAAGCGGAACAACUUGUUUACUUUCGCAGGCGCUCCGCGGCCUUUUCGACAAGAUUCUAUCCGCGGACAGAUAAUUGAGCAAUGUUUAGCUUCUACAGGAUUAUGCAAGUUGCUCGAUUGUGGUUCCGGAAACAAGUGUGAUAAUCCUGUCGAGGUGAUUAAGGUAUUUCAGGAUUCUGUUUUCUGCCUGCAUCCUCCAGGGGAUACGUACACGAGACGAGCGGCUUUCGACUCGAUUAUAGCAGGAUGUAUUCCGGUUUUCUUCCAUCCGGGAUCGGCUUACGUGCAAUACGAAUGGUAUUUACCGAAUGACUAUUCUAAUUAUUCCGUGUUCAUACCGGAGAACUUGGUAAUGAAUGGAAGUGUGAGCAUUAAUGAGACUUUGAAUAAGGUUUCUAAUGAUGAAAUUAUGAAAAUGAGAGAAGAGGUUAUAAAGCUGAUACCAAAGAUUAUAUAUGCAAAUCCUAAGUCAAAAUUAGAGAAUUUUGAAGAUGCAUUUGAUAUAGCAAUUAAAGGAGUUCUUGAAAGAGUCGAAAAAGUGAGAAGUGAAAUUGAUGAGGGUAAGGAUCCUGCCAUUGGAUUUGCAGAACCAAAUUGGAAGCUAAGGGUUUCAAGAAUGGGUCUAAAACAAGAUUGGUCUCAUUUCUUCUGAAUUAUGUUGCAUGUAAGCAGAAACGUUGAUACAAGAAGACGCUAAAAUAGGAAACGACGAACCACAAUUUAUACAAUAAUAAGUUAUGAAUAUAAAGUUUCAAAGUAUUUACAAGUAUUUUUGGAAAUAGAAAUGUUGAAAUAUAAGACUCGACGAGUUUCCAUAUAAUAUAGUUUCUGAAAAGUAAUUUAGGGAUUAAAUGACCUUUUUUUCUUGUUCAUCAUUGUGUUUAUUGUUGUGGUUAAUGCGAGGGACUAAACAUUUGUAUAUAUGCAUAUCUUGUGUUUACAAGUCUCUAUAUGUUUGUAUAACUAGAUUUAAGAAAUGAUUAGGUGAUACAAGUUUUGCUGGAAA